UGCGCUAACGAGCAAACGCCGCCCGCCGACCGAAGAGACUGAAGAGAGCGGGCGGACGCGCCUCUGACGCACAUCCUGUGUUCUACCCGAGGAAAAUGGCUGCGCCCCAGCCGCAGGCUUCGGCCGUUUCCUCCGCGGCGGGUGUUUCGGGUCCGGGCUCUGCCGGUGGCCCGGGUCCCCAGCAACAGCCGCAACCGACGCAACUGGUGGGACCUGGCCAGAGUGGGCUCCUGCAGCAGCAGCAGCAGGACUUCGAUCCUGUGCAGCGCUACAAGAUGCUCAUCCCUCAGCUGAAGGAGAGUCUGCAGACUUUGAUGAAGGUUGCAGCCCAGAACCUGAUUCAGAACACUAACAUUGACAACGGACAAAAGAGCAGUGAUGGACCCAUACAGCGAUUUGACAAGUGUCUGGAGGAGUUCUAUGCUCUCUGUGAUCAGCUGGAACUCUGCUUGCGCCUGGCCCACGAGUGUCUGUCACAGAGCUGUGACAGCGCCAAGCACUCGCCGACGCUGGUGCCCACGGCCACCAAGCCAGACGCCGUGCAGCCGGACAGCUUGCCCUAUCCUCAGUACCUGGCCGUCAUCAAAGCCCAGAUCACCUGUGCCAAAGACAUCCACACGGCUCUGCUGGACUGUGCCAACAAGGUCACAGGCAAGACUGCUGCAGCCUCAGCUGGCCCUGGGGGCAGCCUCUGAGGUCUUGGUGAGGGCGGGGCAAGAAUGAAGACUGGCCUGAGGCAAAACAGGUGGCUCCUGGUUUAUUUGUCACGCCGGAGCGGUGUAGCUGAAACCAGAAACCAGCAGGGGGCAGCAGAGACCUGCAGCCAGCACAAGCCAGGACUCCCUCUGCUGCCAGCUACUGGGCUCCCUGACCUAGGGUGGCCCUCCCAGCUGAGCAGGGAUGACCUGUUCCAGGGACUCGGCCUCCUCCCUUACCUCCAUCUCCCGCCUGGCCCUGGUGCGGCACUGCCUGGGCCCUUCAGACCUUCCUCGUUCUGUCCCGUGGAGGCAUUCUUUUCUUUCUUUUUUGGUUUCUCGAGACAGGGUUUCUCUGUGUAGCUUUGCACCUUUCCUGGAACUCGCUUUGUAGCCCAGGCUGGCCUCGAACUCACAGAGAUCCGCCUGCCUCUGCCUCCCGAGUGCUGGGAUUAAAGGCGUGCGCCGCCACCGCCCGGCUAGGCGUUCUUUUCUACGCCAUCUUCCCCAGUCCUGC